AUGUAUAGUUUGAAGAAUCACCGGAACAGGCUUUCAAAACAUAAACCGGCGGAUUCUGGAUUCCACCAAUCUUCCAAGUCAAAUCCAUUUGAAUCAGACGAUGAAUCGGAUGAUAACAAACACACUCUGAAGCCAUCAAACAGGAUUUCUCCUCAACCUUGUGUAGCUGCUAAGAGUUUCAGCUCCAACCCUUUUGAUGAUGAUGAUGAGAAGAAGGAGGCUGAGAAAAGAGUCACUUCCUCAUCGAAACCCUCACUGACUUUUGAUGCAAAGAGCCGGUUUAGGAAUGAUUUCCGUGAUGCAGGAGGUUUGGAAAACCAGACUGUUCAAGAACUUGAGAGCUAUGCUCUAUACAAGUCUGAGGAAACUACGAGAACCGUACAAGGGUGUCUCAAAGUAGCAGAGGACAUCAGAUCGGACGCUACGAGGACUCUGGUGAUGUUGAAUGAACAAGGCGAACAAAUUUUGAAGACUCAUGACAAGGCUGUUGACAUUGAUCAUGAUCUUAGCCGGGGAGAGAAGCUUCUAGGGAGCCUCGGAGGCAUUUUCUCAAGGACGUGGAAGCCUAAGAAGACUCGUUCGAUAACCGGCCCUGUCAUCACUAGAGGUGAAUCCCCUAAGAGAAGAGUUAACCAGUUAGAGACUAGGGAAAAGCUGGGACUUAACCAUGUACCCAAACCAAAAUCAAGUACCAGUGAACCACUACCUGAAUCCGCAGAUGCUUAUCAGAAACUAGAGAUGGAGAAAGCAAAGCAAGACGACGGGCUUGCAGAUUUGAGUGAUCUGCUCGGCGAACUGAAGAACAUGGCUGUUGAUAUGGGAACUGAAAUCGAAAGGCAAAACAAUGGACUUGAUCAUCUUCAAGACGAUGUGGACGAGCUUAACUUCAGAGUGAAACAAUCUAACCAACAAGCUCGCCGUUUACUCCGGAAGUAA